CAGGGGAUCAGACGUGGUCCCGGUAAAGCGGCUGCGUUCAAGUGGCGCAGUGUCCCGUGUGGACUCGGCAGACUGGGCGAACUUUCACUCUGGUUGCAGCCUGAGCGGCGCCGCUGCCGGAAGCACUCACACACACAACAAUGGCGACUCCCGGUCCCGACAGCAGCUCCGGCAGCGUAGGAGCCACGUCGCACAGUUUCCACCAGCAGCAGAACACACAGAGCAGCAGCAUGCAAGAAACCACCACCUGCUGGAGAUGUCAGAAUGAAACAGGGUUUCAGAUAAGCCUGUCUAGAGUGUCCCAACGUAAACGUAAAGCUCUGAAGCUGAAUUUCGCCAACCCUCCAGUGAAACCAGCCUCCAGGCUCCCGCUCCAUCCACCGCCUUCCUCUUUCCAGAACCCUCACAUAGAGCGUCUGCGGACGCAUGGUAUUGAGUCCUCGGGGAAGUUGAAGAUCUCUCCGGGACAGCAUUGUGAUUUCACGGCAGAGGAUCUGAGAGACCUUGGGGAGAUCGGUCGUGGAGCAUAUGGCUCCGUCAACAAGAUGGUCCACAAACCAACGGGCCAGAUCAUGGCUGUCAAGAGGAUUCGCUCCACUGUGGAUGAGAAGGAGCAGAAGCAGCUGCUGAUGGAUCUGGAUGUGGUCAUGAGGAGCAGUGACUGUCCCUACAUCGUUCAGUUCUACGGCGCUCUCUUCAGAGAGGGCGACUGCUGGAUCUGUAUGGAACUCAUGGCUACCUCAUUAGACAAAUUAUACAAAUAUGUCUAUUGUGCAUUGGAUGACGUCAUUCCAGAGGAAAUACUAGGCAAAAUAACAUUAGCGACCGUUAAAGCACUCAACCACUUAAAAGAAAACUUGAAAAUAAUUCACAGAGACAUCAAACCUUCCAACAUUCUCAUGGACCGAGCGGGGAACAUCAAGCUGUGUGACUUUGGCAUCAGCGGUCAGCUGGUGGACUCCAUCGCUAAGACCCGGGACGCCGGCUGCCGGCCUUACAUGGCGCCUGAGAGGAUUGACCCCAGUGCGUCCAGACAAGGCUACGACGUGCGCUCUGACGUCUGGAGCCUAGGAAUCACUCUGUACGAGCUGGCCACAGGAAGGUUCCCGUACCCAAAGUGGAACAGCGUGUUUGAUCAGCUGACUCAAGUGGUGAAAGGUGAACCUCCACAGCUCACCAGCUCCGAGGAACGCCAGUUCUCUCCCAUGUUCAUCAGCUGUGUCAACCUUUGCCUUACCAAGGAUGAAUCCAAACGGCCAAAGUACAAGGAGCUUCUGAAACAUCCCUUCAUUCUGAUGUAUGAAGAACAUUUUGUGGACGUUGCUAGUUACGUAUGUCGUAUUCUGGAUCAGAUGCCCGCCUCGCCCAUUUCGCCUAUGUACGUGGACUGACGGAGUUAGGUUGUGUGCGUGUGUGUGUGUGUGUGUUGUGCGAGUGUGAGGGUUAGCUAGUAUCAGCUUUUUAUUCACACGUUCCAAAGAACAAAGGUUGCCCGGUGCAAUGACAUGAAACCUCAGUCACUUGUCAAAGUGUGUGUGUGUGUGUGUGUGUGUGUGUGUGUGUGUGUGUGUGUGUGUGUGUGUGUGUGUGUGUGUGUGUGUGUGUGUGUGUGUGUGUGUGUGUGUGGGGGGGUGUGUGGGGGGGUGUGUGGGGGGGUGUGUGGGGGGGUGUGUGGGGGGGUGUGUGGGGGGGUGUGUGGGUGUGUUUCAGAUGUUCUGCUCUGUCUCUUAAACCGAGUCACACUACAUCAGGUGCACAAACCGGGCUGGUUCAAUGCUUCAUUGCCUGAUGUAAAGUUCUCCACUGAUAUAAAUGUGUGAGUGUGUGUAAAGACCAUGUGCUGUGCUGUCCCUGGCAGGCUCUGAUCUUGAUAAGAUCUUGUGGUGCACAAUGAGUCCUGCUGCUCCUCAGCAGCCUGCCACAGCACUCUGACCACAGACAGGCCAAAGGGAUAAAAUCCUGGCAAUAGUUUCCUGAUGACAACCCACAAAUGCUGCUAAAUGAUAUACUGUCCUUUUGUACCGACCACACCCCUGCCAGGAGAGGACGAGGAUCUGUCCCCCUAACAUGUUCCCCCGGGACCCGCCACGUUUCUCUGGCUCGCACUGAUGAUGGAAUGUGUCCCUUGCCAAACCAUAUACCAAACUUGGGAUGCAUCGCCAUAGUCUAACAGCCGCUCCCUCACCUGUCUUCCUUCACCAGGCGACGCUGCAACCCAGACUCCCUCCAUCACACAGAUAGCUACUUGACCAAACUGUCUGAAUGGAUGGUUGUCCUUCCACACUGGGGCGCUGUAGAGACUUGGAUUGUCAUAAAUGAAUAUAGAGGUAAAGAUGGCAAUAUUUAUAUUUUUAUGUAACACAGAAUAUUGCCAGCCUUAUCUGGUAACCUCCCAAACUAAUAAUGUAAGUAAAGUUCAUUUCAUGCAACACAGCCUA